AUGAGUACGCUAGCAAAGACGGAUUCUAAAACCAAUGUUAAUAGGGUUACCAAGACAAUAGUUACAUCGCCUGAUAUAUACAAGCCUGUCGGACCUUACAGCCAAGCUAUCUUAGCUAACAAAACUCUUUAUGUAUCGGGAAUGCUCGGUAUGGACCCUCAAGGACAAUUGGUGUGUGGUGGUGCUGAAACACAGACUAGACAGGCUCUCAACAAUCUGGAACAUGUUCUCGUGGCCGGUGGUGCAUCUUUUGACCAAGCUAUCCUAGCUGACAAAACCUUAUAUGUAUCUGGAGUGCUCGGCAUGGAUCCUGAGGCGCAGUUGGUGCCCGGCGGUGCUGAAGCACAGGCAAAACAGGCUCUCGAUAACUUAAAGCACGUCCUCGAGGCGGGUGGUGCGUCUUUGGAGUCGGUAAUAAAGACUACCAUUUUGCUGGCAAAUAUGGAAGAUUUUCCAGCUGUCAAUAAAAUAUAUGCAGAAUAUUUUACGAAAGACCAACCUGCACGCGCUACCUUUCAAGUGGCUAAACUACCGAAAGAUGCUGCAGUCGAAAUAGAAGCCAUUGCCCUUAGCGGGGAUUUGGUUGUGGCUGUGGCUGGCCCUUGUCCUUGCACGCGUACUUAG